AUGAGGGUUGCAUCCCCUCAAACUUUUAUAACAGGCGGCGACAGCAGUGACGAGACCGGGAAAUGUUGUGUUGGCGAGAAAGUCACCCAGCUGGAUCCGAAUUUCAGUCGGACGAGCACUCUUGCAGGCACUGGGACCUCAAAACCGUCCAUUGCCAUGCGAGUGUUCUCGUUCUUUGGAUUAGACGACUUGUUCCCGGGGCCCUGGGAGUGGGACGAUCGUUAUAAAGAUGUCCGAUCAGAGAGAGUUGAUGACUAUCCUAUCGGGUAUGGUCGAUUGGCAGCACACAUGUCGUCUGACAACAACUUUUGCGUCUAUCGGCGAUUCGGCACAGCCAGGAACCGAGUCAUUCUUCGGUGUCAGACUGAGAUCGCCGAGCUUGAGAUGGCAAUCGAUGUGAUCGAGCGCGAAGAGAGCGACAGAGCCGAGAAGACGGGAGGGAGGCCUCGAAAACUCAUGACCAUACAUGAUCCGGAUAUGAGUCAAGUAAUGAGUGCGUUGUCCCAAAAACUGGAGGAAUAUGACAAUCUCCUCGAAAGAGAGCAGAAGUCUUUAUCCAUGGCCAAGCCCACUGGUCGAAAUUAUAGAACUCUGCUUCAUUGGUGCUGGAACAAUAAACCUAUGGUGCGGAGUGAAUCGGGACAUCUCAACGUCAGAGAUGAUUUCGUAAUUCUUGUGGACGACCAAAAUUCAGUGAUCCACGUCUUCUUUGGCUGGCUAUUGCGCCGUGGUCCGUUCAAAAGGAUAGCUAACAUCUUUCGAACCAAGGACCAGCAGACCAAAGCCUCAGAGGCAGAUAAUCGGACAGUCUUGUUCUCUCAAGAGCGCUUUACAACAUUUUUUAAGAUGCUGUUCCUGCUUCUGGUGAUAGUAAUGCUGCUUGUGCCUGUGAGUAUUCUCUAUAUCAUGGAACUCACCAAAAUGGCUCGACUUUUCGUGGUGAUAAGUUUUGUGCUAUACUUCCCCAUCAUGGUAUUCUGCUUCUCUAGACGUCUUAAAAGCCAGGAGCUGCUAUCAGCAACAGCUGCAUAUACCGCGGUACUCGUUGCAUGCCUAUUUUUGACAUAA